UAGAAAAUCUGCUUGCCACAGACGGGGAGAGCAUGUGUUUCUCUUGUCUUGGUUGGGUGCACAAAUCUUCUUUUAUGUGUGCUGCUUCUUACCCUGUUGCCUAGACGAUUUGCUUUCACUAAGGAUGUCUGGUUCUCGUAAAGAGUUUGAUGUGAAGCAGAUUUUAAAAAUCAGAUGGAGGUGGUUUGGUCAUCAGGCGUCAGCCCCUAUUUCUGCAGUUGAUAACAACCAGGGAGACUUCUGGAAUAGAGGACAAAAUGUCACAACUGGUGGCACAAAGUUUAUAGAUCCAGGUAACCUACCUUUAACAUCAGUUGGUUACAGAAGGUCCAGCCAACGGGAUUUCCAGAAUUCACCUCCUUGGCCAAUGGCAUCCACCUCGGAAGUCCCUACAUUUGAAUUCUCAACAGAAGAUUGUGGAGGUGCGCGUUGGUUUGACAGACAAGAAACAGAUGAUAGAGCGAGUGAAGAAGGAAAUGAAUCAGACAGCAGUUCAUGCAGCAGAACCUCCAACAGCAGUCAUACUUUAUCAUCUUUCCAAACUAUGGAGCCCUGUACAUCAGAUGAAUUUUUUCAGGCUCUCAACCAUGCUGAACAAACUUUUAAAAAGAUGGAGAACUAUCUUAGACACAAACAGCUGUGCGAUGUGGUGUUAGUUGCUGGCGAUCGUAGAAUACCAGCUCACAGACUGGUUCUCUCCUCUGUUUCCGACUACUUUGCAGCAAUGUUUACAAAUGAUGUAAGGGAAGCAAGACAGGAAGAAAUCAAGAUGGAAGGUGUGGAGCCAAAUGCUUUGUGGGCUCUGGUUCAGUAUGCAUAUACAGGUCGCCUUGAAUUAAAAGAAGAUAACAUUGAGUGCCUGUUGUCUACAGCUUGCCUUCUUCAGCUCUCUCAGGUUGUAGAAGCAUGCUGUAAGUUCCUAAUGAAGCAGCUUCACCCAUCCAACUGCCUUGGAAUCCGAUCUUUUGCUGAUGCACAGGGUUGCACUGACUUGCACAAGGUGGCUCACAAUUACACUAUGGAAAAUUUCAUGGAAGUAAUUAGAAACCAGGAGUUCCUAUUAUUACCAGCCACUGAAAUUGCAAAGCUUUUAGCAAGUGAUGAUAUGAAUAUUCCUAAUGAAGAAACUAUACUGAAUGCACUACUUACAUGGGUUCGACAUGAUUUGGAACAGAGAAGGAAAGAGCUCAGUAAACUCCUGGCUUACAUUAGACUGCCUCUGCUUGCUCCGCAGUUUCUGGCAGAUAUGGAAAAUAACGCACUCUUUAGGGAUGACAUUGAAUGUCAGAAACUCAUUAUGGAAGCAAUGAAGUACCAUCUGUUGCCAGAGAGACGACCUAUGUUACAAAGUCCUCGCACCAAACCUAGAAAAUCUACCGUGGGAGUGUUGUUUGCAGUUGGAGGAAUGGAUGCAACGAAAGGAGCUACAAGCAUUGAAAAGUAUGAACUUCGUACCAACAUGUGGACCCCUGUUGCAAACAUGAAUGGACGAAGAUUACAGUUUGGAGUUGCAGUGUUAGAAGAUAAAUUAUAUGUUGUUGGUGGCAGAGAUGGACUGAAAACACUGAAUACUGUGGAGUGUUACAACCCUAGAACUAAAACUUGGAGUGUAAUGCCACCUAUGUCCACACACCGUCAUGGUCUUGGAGUAGCUGUAUUGGAAGGUCCCAUGUAUGCUGUAGGAGGACACGAUGGUUGGAGCUAUCUGAAUACAGUAGAAAGAUGGGAUCCACAGGCUCGUCAGUGGAACUUUGUAGCUAGCAUGUCAACUCCAAGGAGCACUGUUGGGGUAGCAAUAUUAAAUGGAAAACUUUAUGCAGUUGGUGGUCGAGAUGGAAGUUCUUGUCUUAAGUCAGUAGAAUGUUUUGAUCCUCAUACCAACAAAUGGACCCUCUGUGCUCAAAUGUCAAAAAGAAGAGGUGGUGUAGGUGUAACUACUUGGAAUGGGUUCUUGUAUGCAAUAGGUGGACAUGAUGCCCCAGCAUCAAACCUAACAUCCAGGCUCUCAGACUGCGUAGAAAGGUAUGAUCCAAAAACAGAUAUGUGGACUGCUGUGGCCUCUAUGAGCAUUAGCAGAGAUGCAGUGGGAGUAUGUCUUCUUGGUGACAAGUUGUAUGCUGUUGGAGGAUAUGAUGGACAAACAUACCUUAAUACAGUGGAGUCCUAUGAUCCCCAGACCAAUGAGUGGACACAGUGAGACCUAAAUCUGAUAUCUCUGAUGGGAAAGCCAUUUGAACCACUGGUUGCACCAUUGUGCUUAGGAAGAGCUGGAGCAUGUGUUGUGACUGUAAAACUUUAAAUUAUUUUCUCUAUGAAGGUGACAUUCUCCUCUGUAGACUCAGCUGUUUUUUUUCACCCUCAAGCAAAUUAACAUUGCACCAAUCAACAUCAGGUGCAGGAUAUCCACCACAGAGCAAAACGUUCUGUCUUAGCUAGCAUAUACAUGUUGUUUUUAUGGACCAAUGUCAAGCACUUUUUAAAAAUACCAUCCUUGUUACCCAUAUGUUACAAGAAUUUUAUUGGUAAGCAAAUCAGCUGUGACCAGCUAGUUGCCAGCAGAGGACUUCUGUUUAGGAAAUACUAAGAAAAUGAGUGAACUGUGUUAAAAUAAUCAAAUGUUACAGACUUAGGGCCUUGAUCCCUCAAACAUGCACAGGAAUAAUGCUGUUAAUGGAUAAUUCCAUUGAUUUGGGUGAAGUUACAGGUUUGAAACCCAUAUCUUUAAUUUGCCUCUAAUAAACAUGUUUUGCUAUAGGUAUCUGAGGUAUUACAAGGCAGGCUGACAAACCAAUGCAAGCCAUUGUAAAUGGCAGGAGUAAUGCUUGCCUUGGAAAUGAAGGUGUGUAUUUGGGGAAUCUUUUGCACUUUUUUCAGCAUUCCUAGUUUAGCAAACUUUUUAAUUAAACAUAGCCUUAUUUUAAAUAUUGUCUUAUUACACUAACAGUAAUCUGCUAUUUAAUAACUUCUACAGAAACUUUUUGGCAUCCAGUAUACUUUUUGGAUUUUUAAAGGUUUUACAUAAGAUGCAGAACAUCAUACCUUUUUCUCUACUUAAUCUAAUUCCUAUAUUUAUUUUGUUAUUUUUAACAAAGCAUGAGUUAUAAGUUGAAAGAAUUCUGAAGUGUGACUAAGAGUUAACCUAUGGAGGUUUAAUAUGAGCACUUUGGGAUUUUGUAAGCAUUCCAUUACAGCUACACUAAGGGUCUACUUUGAUACUCUUUAAUUAUAUUUUACCUGAGGCUUUGCACUAAUUUGAAAAAUAUAAUUUUAUAUGAUGAAACAAUUGUUACUUCAAAGUGUAAGAGGCCCAAGGCCUACAAGGUGCUUAACUACCGCCAUCUAAGCAUGUGCAGCAUCUUAUAGGAGAGUAAGUGUGCCUCACAGGAUUAAAUCAGAUUAGUUACAUUAUUUAACAGUUAUUUAAUUUUUUUCAGAUACUUUAUAAUUUGCCCUUUUUGACUGCUAUGCUCUGUUACGCCGAAUUGCUUGAACGUUCCAAACGUUCUCGGGAAGUCUUUUUGUAUUUGCUUUUCUGUGCCUUGUUUCUGAGGUUUUCAAAACAGUAGGUAAUACAGUAUGUUUCUUUGUAAUGGAAACUUUGAAGAUGUGAGAAGUGUCCAAUACCCAAAGUCUUUGUACAUAUGUAAUUUUAAAAUUUGUGUGUUAAUGCUCUCAGUGAACUAUUUAUUGUUUUAAAAGAAAUUACCAAGCAGUAAAAUUUGUGAUGAAAUCUGCACUGUUUGAAAUUGUAUUCAAUUAAACUUAAAUACAUUUUUAA